AUGUCAUCCUUCGUCGUCAAGCUUUGGGAGGACAUUUUUACCCCAGGCCCGACGCCCACCAUCCUCAAGGCCGCGAAUGCCUCCUUCGCCGCUCUCCAAACCGUCCUAUUUUGUCUCUUGCUCGCGACGUACAAUAUCCACUGCGUCAUUCUUUCCAUCCUCUGUGGCGGUUUGUGGUGGAGCAUCAACUGGUUUGCCGCCGAGCUUGCCAUCGCGCAGCGAGAGCAGCGUGAAAAGGAGGAGAAAGAAAAGCAACAGCAGAAAGAGGUGUCGGGUAACGAUGGCGAAGACAGCGAGACGGAGGUCGAGACGACUGUCCCGAGCAAGCCGUCUCCCGUCGCCGUGACAACCUCUGAAGUUGCUAUAGGUGCUGCUGGAGUCGAGCCUCUUCAGUCAAAGGGCGAAGUGAAGCAACGUUCUGGGGCUACGGGUACACAAUCAAGUGUUAGUACGGAGGACGAGUGGGAGAAGGUAUCCGAAGCUGAGAAUGAGAAGGACAAAUAG